UACACCAGAUACUGCUUUUCUUGGUUUUGUUUUUUAGAUGCUGAGGAUACAGCAGCAAUCAACAGAUACAAAUGCUUCUCCUUAUGGAACCGACAUUCUAGCGAUAAAUACAAAUAGAUACUAGAACAGAUAAAUACCUAAAACACAUAGUGUGCGACAGUGAAAAGUUCUCUAGUAAAAAAAUAAAGAUGAAGGGGGAGACAGGAUGCAUAUGGGGAAGGAAGGGUUUGUUUGCAAUUUUACAGAGUGGUUGGACAACCCUUUAUGAGAAGGUGACAUCCCCCUAACCACCAGCGAGAGCCAAGUGAAUCCCUCAAAAGAAGAGCCUGCCAGGCAGUGGGAACAGCCAAAUGCAGAGGCCCUGUGGCAGGAGCCUCCUGGAUCUGUCUGAGAAUGGGGAAAGUAAGCCAGGCAAAUAGGCAGGAGAUGCGGUGAAGAGAAAAGGGAAGAGUUAGAGAAUCGAUCUUUAAGGUCUCGUAGGCAGAGAAAGAACUCAAAUUAGAAGACACUAACACAUUCUAUUUUACUACUAGUACGUAUAAAAACAUCAGAUCCUCGAAAGGUUCGGUAGGAGCUCCCUCCACUGUAAAAUGCGGAUGUCGCAACAGUCCGGCUGGGCGUCUCCACUGUUUCCAUUAGAUUCCGCUGCCAGGACGACUCCCGGGCGUGAAUCCGGGAGAACCACCCUUUCCCAAGUCUGCAACUCUCCACGAGUCGCUGGUCUGGGCCUCAGUCCCCGAGUACCGGUCCUUGUCCCAGUGCCCCACCCCGCACCGGGGUACCCAGACGCGGAACCCACUUCGCUUCUGGCCGCGUCCAGGCCCGCCUCCCGGGGGAGCUGGAAUACCGCCCCGCCGCUGAGACUUCUGGGAGUUGUAGUUCCAGCUUGCUGAGCCCAAAGGCACUUCCGGGUUCGUCCAGAAGCGCAGCCAUUGUUCCGGGCGCGGACACUUGCUGUCGCCCGGCAACUCGGUCCUUGGGAGUUAGCCCCGAGCGGCCUUGCGGAUGCUGAGUAGGGGAGGGCAACUAACUAUCCUAACCCGAGUCGGUCGUGCUGCAGAAUCGGCGCAGAGGUUGUUUAAUUCGAGUCCUUCCCGUCGCAAAGCGGUGACGGUCACUAAGGCGUUGACAGGCCCAAUCUGAGCUACUGGCCCGCGGACUCCCAGUGCAGCUCAGGACCUCAGCACACUGCUAUACCUAGAGGACAGCAUGGAAGAGCAGGAUGAGAAGUGCCCAGGGGCCGUGAAGGCCUGCGUGCAGGACUCUCUCCUUUCUCAAGAGAUUAUCAUCAAGGUUGAAGGAGAAGAUGAUGGAUCACUGUCCAUCCCAUCCCAGGAAGGAGUGAACUUCAAAAUUGUGACUGUGGACUUCACUCAGGAGGAACAGGGCACUUGGAACCCAGCUCAGAAGACCCUGGACAGAGAUGUGAUCCUUGAAAACCACAGGGACCUUGUCUCUUGGGAUCUGGCAACUACACUUAGAAGAAGAGAAUCAACUUCAAAAAGGAGCAGCUUUGAUGAUGAAUCAUUUCAUGGAGUGAAGAUAGAAAAAUUGACAAGGGAUGAUCCUUGGUUAUCUUCAUGUGAAAAAGUCCAUGAUUGUAAGCACCGGUUGGAGAAUCAACAGGAAAAAGAAGAGAGACUUUUGCAGGAAGUGGCAUUCACUCAAAGGAAAGCUGUUAUUCAUGAGAGAGUCUGCAAAAGCAAUGGGCUGGAGGAGAAGAGUGGUCUGAAUUCCAGUCUUCGUUCACUCCCAGUGAUUCCCAUAAGAAACUGUGUUGAUAAACAUGUAUCACAUUUUAAAAAAUUGCAUCAUAAUUCUGUUGUAAGCAGCCAUCAGAAGUUUGAUGACAGUGAGAAACUAUGUGAAAAUAAUGAAUGUGGAACCCCCCCUCAGAGCAGUCACCUUAUUCAGUAUACAAGAACUCAAACCAAAAAAUCCUAUAGAUUUAGCAAUAAUUUUCCAUCUUUGAGCCAUGAUACACCCUUAGAUGUACAUGAAAAAAUUCAUGCAGGAGGAAAACCCUUUGAUUUUAAGGAAUGUGGGCAAGUUUUGAACCACAGCUUAUCCCAUAGUGAACAAGAGAAAAUUCCUGUUAAAGAGAGUCAAUAUAAAUAUAGAAAAACCCCUCAGAAUUCAUCCCUUGCUGAAAACAUGAGAAAUCAUUCAGAAGAGAAACCUUUUGAGUGUAAUCAAUGUGGGAAAUCCUUCAGCUGGAGCUCACAUCUUGUCGCACAUCAGAGAACUCAUACAGGGGAGAAACCUUAUGAAUGUAGUGAAUGUGGAAAAUCCUUCAGCCGGAGUUCACACCUUGUUUCCCAUCAGAGAACUCAUACUGGAGAGAAACCUUAUAGGUGUAAUCAAUGUGGAAAAUCCUUUAGCCAGAGUUAUGUCCUUGUCGUCCAUCAGAGAACUCAUACUGGAGAGAAGCCUUAUGAAUGCAGUCAAUGUGGAAAGUCAUUCAGGCAGAGCUACAAACUUAUUGCACAUCAACGAACUCAUACUGGAGAGAAGCCCUAUGAAUGCAACCAAUGUGGGAAAUCAUUUAUCCAAAGCUAUAAACUUAUUGCACAUCAAAGAAUUCAUACUGGAGAAAAACCGUAUGAAUGCAAUCAAUGUGGGAAAUCCUUUAGUCAGAGUUACAAACUUGUUGCUCAUCAGAGAACUCACACUGGAGAAAAACCCUUUGAAUGUAAUCAGUGUGGAAAAUCAUUCAGCUGGAGCUCUCAACUUGUUGCACAUCAAAGAACUCACACUGGAGAGAAGCCGUAUGAAUGUAAUGAGUGCGGGAAAUCUUUCAACCGCAGCUCUCACCUUGUUAUGCACCAGAGAACUCAUACUGGAGAAAAACCCUAUGAAUGUAAUCAGUGUGGGAAAUCCUUCAGCCAGAGUUACGUUCUUGUUGUACAUCAGAGAACUCAUACUGGAGAAAAACCCUAUGAAUGCAAUCAAUGUGGCAAAUCCUUCAGGCAGAGUUCAUGCCUUACUCAACAUCAGAGGACUCAUACUGGAGAGAAACCCUAUAAAUGUAAUCAGUGUGGGAAAACAUUCAGUUUGAGUGCUCGACUUAUUGUACAUCAAAGAACUCAUACUGGAGAGAAACCUUUUACAUGUAAUCUGUGUGGGAAAGCUUUCAUUAACAGUUCUAAACUUAUUAGGCAUCAGAUGACUCACACUGAAGAGAAACCUUAUGAAAUAUAACAAGUUUGGAAGUCUUUCAGCUAGUGUUUAUUCCUUUUUCUUUAAUUCUUUCUUAAAGACUUAUUUUAAUGGAGUAAGUUGCCCAUGUAGUAAGAAGAACUAGUAUAAAAGCAAUACAUGUGGAGAAAAUUC